GAGAGUGUUGUAUCUACCACACUCCCGGCUAUCAGACUGAUGACUUGGUGCACCGGUCCUGACCAGGUAUUUGGUCCUCUAUUGGGCCACAACCCCACGAUGCCCAACUUCACACAAGUGCAGUCAAAUGCACAGAAAAUGCAGGAGGAAUUCAGCAUCUAUGGAGGGGAAUAAGGAGUUGAAGUUUUGUGUUGUGACUUUCAUCAGGACUCUUGCUUUUAGACGUUUUCAGGAAGAGAGUUUCAUUUCCUUCUCCACUGUGGAGUCAGUGUGAUGGUGAGAUUAUACGGAGUAUAAAACCCAGAGCCCACAGUGACAGCUGACACUAGAAAGGGCGAGUUGUGCAGAGAAUGGGUCUCGGCAACACGAGCAGCUGCCUGCCUCUUCUGGUUAUCUUGUGCUGUGGUUUGUUCCGAGACAUUCUGUCCCAAAAUCACAGCUGUCAACCGGGUCAUCGAUUUGAUCCAUCACUAAACAAAUGUUUCGAUAUCAAUGAAUGUGAAACGUCUCCAUGUGGAUCUCGCAAAAAGUGUUGGAACACAAUUGGUUCUUACAAGUGUCAAUGCAAGGAUGGGUACAAUACAGUCAAUCAGGACUGUGAAGAUAUCGACGAAUGUAAUUCCUCUCCGUGUGCCCGUGAAGCAACUUGUCAGAACACAGAUGGUUCAUUCCAGUGCAUCUGCAGCACCGGUUUUCAGUCGACUGAGAAGGCUGGCUCCAAUGGAAGGAGGAGCUGUGAAGAUAUCGAUGAAUGCAAGUCCUCACCUUGUCACGAACAUGCAACUUGUAUCAAUGUAGUGGGAGCCUACCAAUGCAACUGCAACACAGGGUUUCAGGCAUUACCUGCGACCGCCAACCUCACGGCAGGGAAAGUUUGUAAAGAUAUUGACGAGUGUGAAUCCUCGCCAUGUGACAAACAUGCAACUUGCAACAACACAGUGGGUUCGUACCAGUGCAACUGUGUUGCAGGGUUUCAGAAACCUACUGCAGGGAAGGUUUGUGAAGAUAUCGAUGAAUGCAAGUCCUCACCUUGUCACGAACACGCAACUUGUAUCAAUGUAGUGGGAUCCUACCAGUGCAACUGCAACGCAGGGUUUCAGGCAUUACCUGCGACCGCCAACCUCAUCACAAAGAAAGUUUGUGAAGAUAUUGACGAGUGUGAAUCCUCGCCCUGUGACCAACAUGCAACUUGCAACAACACAGUGGGUUCGUACCAGUGCAACUGUGUUGCAGGGUUUCAGAAACCUACUGCAGGGAAGGUUUGUGAAGAUAUCGAUGAAUGCAAGUCCUCACCUUGUCACAAGCAUGCAACUUGUAUCAACGUAAUGGGAUCCUACCAGUGCAACUGCAACACAGGGUUUCAGGCAUUACCUGCGACCGCCAACCUCACGGCAGGGAAAGUUUGUGAAGAUAUCGAUGAAUGCAAGUCCUCACCUUGUCACGAACAUGCAACUUGUAUCAACGUAAUGGGAUCCUACCAGUGCAUCUGCAACACAGGGUUUCAGGCAUUACCUGCGACCACCAACCUCACGGCAGGGAAAGUUUGUGAAGAUGUGGAUGAAUGCCAGGAUAAAAAUGCGUGCGGAGUGAACAUGACCUGUCGCAACUCUGCUGGGUCUUUUUACUGCGUCUGCAAAGCUGGAUAUCACCAGAAGCAGGGAGACACUCAGCUGGCCUGUACAGUGGAUCCACUUUCCUGUUCUGGCUCUGAGAAGCAGAACUCUACGCCGUCGCAAUGCAACUUGGAUUAUUCAGCGAACGCCCAGCAGUUAAACUCUGCAAAAGAAGUGCUGAAGUUAACUGAUUGCUACAGUGAUAAAAUCUGUCAGAAUUUCAGUGGGACAAAUGAUGCCAAGGAUAUGACAGCAUUUGUAAACGAUGUUCUUAAUAGUCCGCGGCUGGAGAGCAUGAACACCACUCAAAGGCUGGAGGUGGCAACGGCCACAGUGGACCUCUUGGAGAACAUGGCAAUGGCGAUUGCUCUGAAACUACCCCGUUCAAAGUCAAAGACCAUGGAAACAGCCUCUUUUGUUCUUAAGGUCAAGGUGCCUGAAAGGAACAAUGUGAAUUCAGACCAAAUGGUGAAAUUGGAAACUCAGAAUAAUUCCUUUGAGAUUUACUGGAGAACUAUUGCUGGAGAAAAUAAAAAUAACACUGAGUUUCAGGCCGUUUCCUUAAUUGUAUUCAAAGACUUGGAAUCCCUGCUGAACCAAGAGAUUAAAGACGGCCGUCCAUCUCAGAACAAUGUCUCAUUAAACUCCAAGGUGAUAGCCGCCACCAUCAGCAACAAAGCCAUCAGCCAUAAUCUGAAGGAAAAGUUCAAUUUGACUCUGAAACUCAACCAGGAACAGGAAGAUGGCAAAGAGCCAGAAUGUGUCUAUUGGAGUAAUACCAAACAGAGAAGUGUCUGGUUAUCUGAUGGUUGUGAACGGAUCCAUUCCAAUCAGACCCAUGUAAUCUGCCAGUGUAACCAUCUGACAAGCUUUGCUAUUUUAAUGGCUCCAGUUCAGAUGGAGAUUGACGACAGGCACUUGGAGGUGAUCACCUACUUCGGCCUCAUCAUCUCCCUUUUCUGCCUCGCUGCCUCCAUCGCCGUAUUUGUCAACUGCAAAUCCAUCCAGAAUGCUAACACCAGUCUCCACAAGCACCUGAGUAUCACCCUCUUCCUGGCACAGUUCAUCUUUCUGAUCGGAAUGCGGAUUAAACAGCCGGUUGUCUGCGCCCUGAUUGCCGGGUGUCUGCAUUACCUCUUCCUUGCCGUCUUCGUCUGGAUGUUCCUGGACAGUUUGCAGCUUUUCAUCAUGUCCAGACACCUGACAGUCACCAAUUACACUCGUAGACAUAUCAUCAAACGAAGAUACCUGUACGUUUCUGCUUAUGCUGUUCCUGCUGUGAUCGUCAUUAUCUCAGCGGCAGUAAAUCACAAGGGUUAUGGAAGAAAACGAGACUGUUGGUUGAAGCACGAGUCGGGGUUUAACUGGAGUUUCCAGGGCCCGGUCUGUUUUGUGAUUCUGGUCAAUACAGUCCUUUUAUGUUUGACUCUCUACUUACUGAGACGCCAUUUGAACUCGCGCAACAAGGAGGUGUCGAAGCUUAAGGAAACCAAAACCCUAACCAUUAAGGCUGCAGUACGGAUGUUUGUUUUGGGAACUACGUGGAUCUUUGGAAUAUUUCAAGUUAAUGAGAGCACUGCAGUGUUCUCCCACUUAUUCACAGUCAUCAACAGCCUCCAGGGUCUGUUUGUUUUCCUUAUUUACUGCGUCUUCAAUCGCCGGGUGGUUGAUGAAUUACAGAAAUGGUUGACCAGUAAACAGAAGAACAUCACCACAGAGUCCUCACAGAUGGAGAUGAACACGACUGAGACUUAUAAAACAGUACAAUCAUAGGGAUUCAAGGCCUGAUGACAAGAUUCUUCUCAGCAGAGCUUCUUCCUUUCAUUCUCUCUCGCUCUCACUGUGCAUCUGGUUCUGAAGAUUGUGGGUUCAAUUCUCACUCCAAAGCACGAACAGCUCCAUUGCAGGAUUGGUCAUACCUGCAGAAUUAUUUGACUUGUAAAAGUCUGAAAGUGUGCGUAUAUGAAAGUCAGCCUGUAUAAGAAUGUGUGAAAUUUGGUAUUAUGAUGAAUAUGAUUAUAAAUAAAUGACAGGACUUUUGCUGAAUUUCCAAAUUUUGCACGGUUAUCCUGUUAUUUUGAUUGUUGUUCCUUAUGAGAUAUAUGAAUCUGGUGUCAACAUGGUUGAGAUCGUAUCUAAAGUUAAUGCGAGAUACCAGAUUUGAAAUAUCCGUACAGCUUCAACAUAAAGAUCAGGUACACAAUGCACACCAUGUAGUAGAUAAGUACAGACAUGUGUUCACACAUAGGCACUCACUACACAGACCUGAAGCACAUGUAUUAGCAUAAACAUACACACAAAUGCACAUGUGUGCACACACACACACACACACACACACACACAAAAGACAAUGCGCACACACACAACUCAAAAACGUGCAGCAGAGACAGACAGACACACACACAUAUGCGCUUGCACAGAUGCAGAUAUAUGCACAUGUGCAGACCCACACACACACACACACACACACGCACACUUAGUGUGCUGAUUUUAGCCUGUGAUUGAGUAUCCCAGCACGAGAGAACCGUCAUGCCUUCCCCUCUUCUGCCCUUUAUAAAUGGAAACUGCUGCCAGACUUGUAUGCUAUAUCCUUUUCAAAACCAUCUGUAGAAGAAAUAUCUAUGUUUUAGUAGGAAUAAAGCUCUUUAUUUACUACUUUGUUCAUGUUUGAA